AAGAGUGAGGGGAAAAAGCAGCUAGACAGAAGAAUCUACGGCGGCCCGGAUGCCCCCGCCGACAAGGCACGUCUCUGACUGGAUUCCUGCGAGUUGGUUUGCAGAGGGCGAGAAACGGCGCAGAACGGCGCUCAGUACAGUUUCUGCGCUCCUGUGGCAAACUGCGGCACUCUCCCACUACAACCACACUUUCUUUAAAGCGCUGACAGAAACACGACAGUUUUCCCUGCAUACAUUUUUGUGCAUUUUUGUUCCAGUUCUUUUUUCUUUUUGUAAAACCAGAUGCUGAACAGCCGACGCAACACAGAAGAGGACCGAGAUGACCAUUCACUCAUAGUUUUUUUUGUGUGUGCAGAUGUUGUUGUUCACACAGACUGUCACUCCUCUGUGCUUUUAGGAUGUUGCAUGUCAGCGGUCUGUGUGUGAUCCAGCAGCCGCUCGGAGCCUGAGGAGAGAGCGUGAAACGCGGCAGCUGCAGCGGCGGAGCCCCGGCGGCGCCUCCCGGUAACAAACUGCCUGGCUAAAGAUUGCCAUGGAAACAUGCAGUUUGAGAGUGAGAUGAGAAAUGAUUGAGAGAAUCAAUGUCUAAGGGAUAACACAAAGCAUGGCCACAGCAGCAGACACGGAAAGAACUGCCUAUUGUCUGCACCCCUGAAAACUGAGGACCCAAGCCUGAUGCUCAGAUUAAUUCUGCUCAAGAAUAUCAUAGUGAGAGGAGAGAGAUUACAAACUUACAUGCUGAACUGGACCUAGCUUACAGUUAAACUCAGCCCGGAACCAUCGCUGAUACGGAAAUACAGAAUAUCACACAUAUAAAUACGGAAAUCCUGAUCUGCGAUUUUGGGUGUAAUGAGCCGUCUGUCAGGUCGUCUGCGCUCUGGAGGUGUUCGCUUGACUUGUGAGGCACUGCCAGAAAAGGACUGCAAUGAUGAUGAGGGACCCUCUCUAUGGGAGGGGGAUGCAGAGCCCGAGGCCACAUCCAUGGGACCCAGCGAUGCUAAUCCAGCCAGCGCACUACAUUACAACUUUUAUUCACCUCCCUCUUUAGCUAAUGGCCUGCGGAACCAUGAGGAGCAGCUCCGACGUAGAGCAAGGAGACGCAGACCGACAGAAUACGUGGAGCAAAUACACACACAAGAACAAACGCGCAUUCAGCAAAACACACAACCACAGAUGCACUCACUCACACAACCAAGCACACACCUGCAGCCUCAUACACACAUUCCGGUGGAUGCACAUUUGUGGGUGGACACGAACACGCUAACACAUAAGCACUCGCAAAAAGGCAUGUGCACACCUACUAGCGCCUCACUUAUGGAGCUGGAUCCCUCCCUUAUCCCAGAAGAUUUAUCUUUACCUUCUAAGACUGAAGUGCAUAGUGUACAGGUUCAGCCUGCCCCUUUGUUACACACCACCCUGGACACAAACACUUUGACACCUCCACAGUACAACCCUUCCUCCUUACCCAAGGAGGAACACAAUUCGUGUAAGCCAGAAAUGGACGACAGCACUGGCCUCGAGCAUAUAAAAGGCCAAGCCGCUGCCAUGACCUCUGUGGAGGCUGAAAGGAAGUAUACACUGCGCAGCUCUGGUCGACCACGUUUUCCCUGCCAUCUUCGAAAAUCAUCCCGCUUACGCAGAGCUCCAGAAGAUCACAUGUUCAAACGGGAACUGGACCAAAAGGACGAAGAAGAAGAGGAGAAUAUAGUGUGGAGAACAGAGGAUAUCAGUCAAAUAGUGGAACAUCUGCCAGAGGUGUGUGCUGCUGAAUCCUCUUUUGAGGUUUUACCACCAACAGAUACAUCGGUAGACAUUACACCAAAUCACAGCAUGAUAACAUCAGAGGCAGAGGGCAGUGUUACUCAAUCAGUUAGAGGGAAGCGGCAGGGACGUUAUAUAGGUGUGAAAAGGAUUGUGGUAAAAGUAGCCAGAAUACCUGUUCACAUGAGCCGACGUCAAAAAAGCUACAAGAUCUCAUCCCUGGAGCCUGUGAGUGCUCCACCCCGUGGAGAAGGGGUCACAACUGGAGAAGGGCCUGAGGGGGGUGUAGGGAGUGAGCCAGUAUCUAACGUGCCCCGAGAGCCCACAGCACUUCUUCGCAUGAAAAACAAUGGAAAGAGUGUGAUGGUAAUGUUUCCGCCAGGAGAGCUUCCUGUGAUCUUGAAGCGACGCAGGGGACGUCCUCCUAAACAGGCUUUACCUGGACAACCUGACAUGCAUGAAACUAGAGUCGGAGCGGCCAAUGCCGCAGAGCCUAAAAAAAUCAGGAGGCGGCGAACUGUGAAGCUGCCAUCUCCGCAGCCCUCGUAUGUUAAUGACACCAAUGAUGUUAAAGUAGAAUAUGCAGAUGUCCUCUCCAAACUGGCCUUUUUGAACAGACAACCACCCAGCACAGGCCGUUGCUCCCCUCCACGCUGCUGGACCCCAACUGAGCCUGAGACUUUUAACAUACCACCAGAAAAUCCAUCCCUUUCUACUCUUUUGCACCGCCUCACAGGCUUCCGCAGGAGAGGCGGCCGAGCGGGCUGCAUGGGGAGUAGAGGAGGGGGAGCAGCGGGAGCAUCCAGUUCCUUUAAAAGGUCAUUCAGUGACUUUUUUGAAACAAUUGGCAAAAAGAGGAAAGUCCCUGCAUCUGAACCAGGAACCCCUCGAAAAAGAGGCAAGGGGGCUGCUGGGGGAAUAAAUAGAGCAGCUUUAGCUGACUCUGCACAAGGUGAGAAAGUUAGAAAACGCCGGCCACGGAAGAAUGGGGCUUUAAAAAAUGGUCCUGGUGUCCAGGAGCAAGACUGGCAAAAUGAGAACAGUAGCUGGAUAGGGAAAGGAGAUAUUCCUGAGAAAGCAGGUAGUUAUCAGAGUCCAUGUUCCCCUCGUGGAAGCUUUCAAAGCAGCGACGGUACUAAGGGUGGCAUGUACCACAGCCCAGGUAUGAGAGGAGUGGGCAGUGGAGAAGAGUCUCAGGGUCUGUUUGCAGGAUAUUUUCGCUCUCUACUUGACUCUGAUGACUCCUCUGAUCUACUAGACAUCUCUAUGUCCAGCCCUGCUGGACGACAGGAAAGUCGUAAGCUUACACCAGGAUAUGAGGGUGGCAGCCCGGGUGCUGCUCAUCGUUGGUCUCCUGCCUUUCCGAAAAGAAGUCCUAAAGGAGCAGCUUGUCUUGGGGAUGGGGCACAAUUAUCUUCACCCCAAACUCAAGGCAGCUCGACAACUAAAUCCUCAUAUUCGUAUAGUGUCUCACAGACUUCUCCCACCCCAUCUUUCCCUAAAUCCCCUGCACUCUUGCUUUCCCGUUCACCCAGCUCUCCACAUCCAUCAGGAGGUUUUCCUCAAUAUCCGCCAAAUUAUAGUGCAGGGGUUCCUCAAGGUGGAAGCAUUUAUCCCCUCCCUCAACAGCAGCAACAACAGCAAAGGCCAAGUGACUGUAGCUUUACAUAUGGCACAAAAACUCCCUCUGUUCCCUCUGCACAGUGUCAGAUGAGCUAUUCCAACUACCAGGGCUCUGCCAAGCGCAAUUAUAGCAGCUAUCCAGGCCCACCCCAUUCAACCACACAGCGAGGAGAAUCUGGCCCAACAUCGCCAGGUGGAAGUUAUAUGUCAAUGUCAAAGUCUAGCCCUUAUUCCUUAUCCUCUUCUCCGCCUGAGGGUUGCAGACAAUACACAGCUCAGUGGGGAUACAGGCAAGGAGGAAACAACUGGGGUGGUGAUGCAUAUGGUAGUCAUCAGUUCCAUGGUUACUCUGAAUAUGGAGUAGCUGGAACUGGAUCAGAAUCCAAAGACAUUCUGGACAUCUCAAACUACACACCCCAAAAAGCCAAACAGAGACCCUGCAUUGACACACUCUCUGAAUCCUCCUCAGACUCCUCGCACACUGGAGGAGGAGGAGGAGGAGCGAGCGUUGUGGGGGCAGCAUUUCGCCCAAGGGAUGUUCCAAUGCCUGAGGGUCAGUCUAGUCUUUCAAGCCUGGAGAAGCUAAUGCUGGACUGGAAUGAGAAUUCUGCAGGCCCUUCUUACAACUGGAGUCAGAAUGUACUUUUCCAGGGAGGGGCAAAACCAGGUCGUGGGCGAAGAAAAAAGUCUGAGGCUCACAAUGAGAAGGAAUCAUGCUCUCUUCCCCCAGGAUCCCCUGCCAGCCCUCCUAUGCAAGGAGCAGGGCCGAAACGCAGCUCUACAGGUGGCAGACAGCCCAGGGGGGCAAGAGGCAGGGGAGGAUUCUCUCCAUGCCAAAGAGAUCGGCCACCUCCAAAAACCAAAUCCCAAAAACCUUCAGCCCCAUCAGGGUCAGGGCAGAUGGGAUCGGGAGCUGUUUACCAAGAAGCACUGGAUUACUACAGUGGAGACAGCAGUAGCCUAUCACCCCUCAGCCAUGCUCCAGAGUCCUGUGAAUACCCGUCUCCAUAUUCUGUCCACACUUCUACCCCCUCCUCAGAUGAGAGAUUUGCUCAUGUCUACCCUCCAGACUCUGCCUCUGUGUCCCCCAGUUUGUCAAUUCAGUCAGACGCCCUGAAGCAGUUUCCUAAAUCUGGUCCUACAGCACAGACGUAUGGGCAUGCUGCCAGGACGUUUAGCCCAAACCUUUCCCCAACCCCUCGCCUCUUGCCGCAGUGUGGUUCUGCAAUGAGUCCACAUCGGGUCCCGAAAGACCAGUUCUCCCAGUAUGACUCCCCCAGUUACAGUGGCUCUCCCUGCUGGUAUGGGCAAGGAGGAAGUGUCGCUGGCAGCCCCCAAAACUAUGAGGAACAGCGAACACCAGCAGUCUCUUUGCCCUCACAAAAGCGGGACAUGUCAUUGAUGGUCUCUGGGAUGAGAAUUGCAUCACAUACAUCGUAUCCUUCCCCUUUACAAAGAGGUCCUUCCAUGUCAACUUCUUGUGUGAGUGGGACUCUGGACUCUUCCCCUCAGCAUGAAGAGAUGGGUUACCAUGGUAACUUGGAGAGCUAUGCACCCGUUGGACAACGUUAUGCACCCCAAACAGCCCGGGGAGGGGUACUCUGCCAGCUUCUUGACCAGCCCAGCGAUGAAGGCUUCACCGUCACCAGCCUGUAGUAGAAAUGAUCUUGGCACCCCUAAAGAGAUGAAAUGGACAGUACCCUUUUCAUAUUUUUAAUCUUUUUUAAAGGACAAGCUUUGGAAGACGCAGUUAGACUGAAGAGUUUCAGAGCUACGGACUAAAUAAAGACUUCUCCAGCAGUGACAAUCAAGAUCCAAAUUCAUACACAUGGACAGACGCACACAGAAACAAAUGCACGAACACACACUCUGUCCUAUCGAAACGUUCACUUACUUGCAUAUACUUUUUCAUACGCUGACUUGCAACUGCAAAUGCACGCACAAAAAGACAGUCUUGCAAACUAAUAUUGCUAUACAGCUUGGGCUAUAGGGACGUAUUAAACAAAGAUGGGACACUGCUUGUUUCACAAUGAAAACAUUUUGAGGAAAUGCAGGAUGUCCCCUUGAUUUAGAGAUUCACACAUGUUUCAGUGAUACCCAAUAACCAAACCAAUUGGAAAGACCACGCUGAGGUUUUUGUCCUGCUUCCUCUUUCUCUGUCUGUUUCUAAUCUCAACGCCUCCUCUAAUUCAGUCAAUUGGGGAUUCUUAAUCCUAAAAGGUCCAUUUGCUUCAGCGUCUAUUAAUGGUGACUGCACAAACUCUGCCCUCUUUUCUCUUUUAAGUUUUUAUACCGCAUUUGUACAUAAGCUACUCAAUUUGUUCCAUCACUUGAGAAGCUCACUGCUAUGAAAACAACCGAAUCUCAGAGUCCUGCUGAAAGAGACAUACUGUAUGUUAAAACAGCAACGUCAAGACAGCGUUUUCUUUUUAAUUUGAGGAUCUGCUCUAAAGACAAAUGAGGGAAUUACCAGUUUUAUGUGGCUUUAAAUUGUUGAGCUUGGGUUUGUGCGAGUACAGUUUAAGUAAUCUUUUUUAUCAGUGGUCUGGUCCCACGGGAAUGUGUCUAAAUUCGAUCCCUACAACCGUCGCUCUGGAUCCGCAGCAUGGUCACUUUGUGCCCAACAUCCAGCUCUCAUUUGUGUGUUUUUUAUCAUCACAGGAGGACAGACAGACACCCCCCCGAAAAUAUGCUGUCUUCGUCAAGUUGUGUAGAGGCCAGGGCACUUUCCACCCUGGAUAUGAGGAUGGCCUGGAACUCAGGGUGUGGACAGUGCAUAUUCUCCUCCUCUUUUUUCUUUCAUCCCUAUGUUCGUAUUUCUUGUGGUCCGCUGUGUCGUACAGUGAUUUUUUGUGAUGAAAUAUUGUACCUGUCUGUUCCAUAUACUGUAUCUGAGGUGAAAAUAUUUAAAUACACAUUCUGUUCUGAUCAUUGUUUAA